AUGAGCACUUCUCAUCAGCAGGCCGUGCCACUCCCCGCUCAUGCCCCAGCAAUAUCGACCAGCAUAUCAUCUCCUGCCCAGAAGAAUGCGCGCACAACCUAUCCCGAUAUGUUAGGUACACCACCGGUUCCUCCCCCGAGGACCUCUUCCACCCACCACAGUCGCCGCAGUCCAAAUGGAACCUCUACAGAUAAAACGAGUAGCUCUCGACAAGGCAAGAGCAGGUCCGAUCGAAAAGAGAACCGUGAACGCACGCGCGACGACCGAAAUGGCAGACCACGGAGGCACCAGCCUGAGGAGGCAUCUCGCGAAGUACAACAAUCAAGGACGGCACCACCAGUCACAAACCCCGCCGAGUCAGACAGUACGCCUGGCCAGGGGAACUUUGUAAAAGAACCAAGCGCAGAGGUCAAUUCUGUGCGGCCCAGCGACCAUGUUAUGGACCAAGAGAGAGAACAACUGCGAGCAGCUGGCACAGAAAAUGCCUCUUCAACCGGGUUCGGUGCGGCUAGCACUGAUGGUGCGGAGGAGGCUCGCGGGCCUCGAAGUCGCCACGAUUACAAUAAUGGAAACGUUAUCAAGCGCAAGGAAACAACAUUCGGCUCAUACAUUCUCGGACAGACCCUUGGGGAGGGCGAGUUUGGAAAGGUCAAGCUGGGAUGGAAGCGCGAUGGCAGCAUCCAGGUGGCAAUCAAACUCAUCCGGAGAGACACACUGGGGACCAACCCCAGCCGACUACCGAAAAUCUACCGUGAAAUCUCUAUUCUACGUGAGUUGGCGCACCCCAACAUUGUGCGUCUUCAUGAAAUGGUAGAAACCGACCGUCACAUUGGUAUCAUCAUGGAAUACGCGUCAGGAGGUGAACUCUUUGAUUACAUCUUGAAUAAUCGAUAUCUCAGGGAUAAUUCUGCACGCCGACUGUUUGCUCAGCUGGUCUCCGGAGUUGGUUAUCUACACAAGAAGGGUAUUGUGCACCGUGAUCUCAAGCUGGAGAACUUGCUACUCGAUCGGAAUCGCAACAUCAUCAUUACUGACUUCGGAUUCGCCAACACUUUCGACCCGGCGGAUCCUCUGGACGAGGAAAUUGAGUACAACUUGACCAAUAAAGAGUACGUGAAGCGGAAGCGGCUAGACAAGGUUGGUGUGAAUGGGGUAAGGCGAGGUGAUCUUAUGCAGACCAGCUGUGGUAGUCCCUGCUACGCAGCCCCGGAGCUUGUCGUGAGCGAUUCCUUAUACACAGGCCGCAAAGUGGAUGUGUGGAGCUGUGGUGUGAUUUUGUACGCCAUGCUGGCGGGAUACCUACCCUUCGAUGACGACCCAGCGAACCCGGAUGGCGACAACAUCAAUCUUCUUUACAAGUAUAUUGUCACUACUCCUCUCACGUUCCCGGAAUAUGUCACACCACAUGCACGCGAUCUAUUAAGACGGGUACUGGUCCCCGAUCCUCGGAAACGUGCAGACCUGUUCGAGGUUGCCCGCCACAGCUGGCUCAGCGAGUUCUCGAACAUUGUUUCUCAUAUCACAAGCAGCACGACAAACGUUGUGGACAUUUCGAACACAACAAUCCCGUCUGGUAAGGACUUGUUUUCUCCUUCUGCAAGUGGUCAAGCUUCGAGUUACUUACAUAUAUCUACAGAAACCCAAAAAGAAGCACCCCCUCUUGUCCGCAGUGCCUCAGUCCGCGAACCACCGAAGACACACCAAACCAACGCUCCUGCUGUUGGUGGCUUGAACCAUCAUGCUGGAGAUGUUUCUCAAGAUCCGCCGUCAGAAAAGUCCAGGACCCCCCGCGAUGCCAAACGGAGGACGGUACAAGUCGAAUAUGUUGCUCCUCAAUCGCAAACGACCCGAGGAGAACCUCCUGUGGAACCGUCUGCAUCACGCAGCCGAGUCCCGGCCCCAUCCGAGGGUCAAACUACGGCUUCAGCGCAACAGUCGACAGAGCCUACGCACCAGCCUCGAGAUGCAGCGGCACUCAACCUCAACAAGCCGCUUCCAGGGCACUUCCCACGCUCGACCUCGGACACACUUACUGGGUCGCAGACGACUGCGAUGCCGCAAGGGCCUCGGCCAGCCACCGGUGCUUCUAUAAGCUCCUUUGGAAACACUGGUCGUUUGCCUUCUCGUGGCUCCUAUGGACAGCCGGUGGCUCCUACUGUUACCGCAACCAACACAGAAGGUCGCCUAGCACAGCCCAAGAGCAGGCAAUUUGCGCUUGCGCAGGAUCCUGCGCAGGCAUCGAGUACAUCUAUCGGUCGUCCAAGCACCCAGAACCAGCAAUUGCCUGCAACCUUCAACACUACUCCUCGACAAGAGCCGCCAAAGGGCCACAAGAGGUCCAAUACUGUUUCCAGCCUAAGCGAGAAGCUUUUCGGUCGUUCAGGUUCAAUAUUGGGUGGCCGUACGCAGUCUAAUGCCACUCGUACCAAGCAGGACAAGCGCUACCCCCCUGUCAGCAUGAAGGAGCCUCUACCGAGUGAUAACUCCAGGAUGUCUAUAGACUCCCGCCGCUCGAUGCAAUACCCCCAUAACCGCAAGACAAGCGAGUCCGGCGCGGAAAACCGUCCUCGUCGAUUCUCAUUACUCCCGCAAUCCUUUUCUUUCCGAGGUUUCUCUAAUAACCGGGCUCAGACCCCCGAAGAAAACUCGCAGAUCCCUCGCCCCGUCGAUCCCCGUUCCCCGCAACGCCCCGCCACAGGCCCUGCAGGUCAGGCGCACGGUCGUUCGCGGGCGACAAGCUAUGGCACGCAAGAUGCCAUGGGAAUAGUUGACGAGGGACCCGGCGAGGAUGUUCAUACCGAACCUGAGCCGCUUAGCUACGAGGCUCAGAUUGAUCGACAAUUUGCAGACCUGGGAUCUCAAUUUGAUCGCCAGAGUGGUUCCUUUGGAAUUCCCUCGGCCGAGCAAGUCUACCAGAACUCUGCAGACCACCCUGGUCACCAAGGCCACUCGUCUAAGCCGAACUACUACGAUGAUUACAACGGCCCGUACGACAGCGCCCCUAGGCAGUCGAUGCAAGUUGGUCGAUCAGGACGUGGACCGGGUGUUCUGCAGAAAAACCACCGCAAAUUCGCCGACGCCUAUGAAUAUGAGCGUGAUGGCUCUCAUCAUUCCGGCAGUUCCGGGGCAGCACGCAAGGUCAUGGACUUCUUCCGAAGACGUGCCAAGUCCCGCGCCGGUGAUGACCGUUGA